AUGGUAUCAAUCUUUUUAAUCCUAUUCUUCCUAAUUAAUCCAACAAAUGGAUGCGUACAUGAUGGUAAAAAUUACAAGGAUGGCGAUACUUGGGUGGAAAAAGAUGCAUUUAUAAUGCAAUGUCGUAUGGCUGAAGAUGGAACAUCGUGGAUGGUUGAAGUAACUGGUUGUAAGACACCAUCGGGUACCACAAUACCAAUGAAUUCAAGUGUGAUUGAUGGAAAUUACGAAUGGAAUUGUACGAAAAAUAGUGAUGGACAAAUUUCUAUGCAAAAAGCUUUACAUGCUAAUGCUAAAUGUGGUGAACAUGAACGUGGUGAUCAAUGGCGUGAAAAAUCAUUUUUAUAUGAAUGUGAAGCAGGUGGACAACGAAGUGUGGUGGGAUGUUUUGCUAUAGGUGAUGAACAAAUAAAAAUUGGUGAAACGAAAGAAAUUAAUGGAUAUACUAUAAAAUGUGAAAAAUUCGAAAACGGAACGGUUGUAAUGCAUGGCACUCGUCAGGGUGGAGGUGGAACAGGCUCUGAGACAGAAUGCAUUGACCCGAAGAGUGGAAGUCAUCCUAUCCAUUCAACAUGGACAGAUGACAAUCGAUUCAAUAAGACAUGCUUACCAGGUGGUCAAAUUGAUGUAUUAAAUUGCAUUUCAACCAAUGGUGUUCAAAUUCCUGUGAAUGAAGAAAAAGUCGUUAAUAAUGUUAAAUAUAAAUGUGAAAAAACAGAUGAUGGCACAAUACGUUUUACAUCCGGUACAGUCGAUAAUGCUGUUGAGUAA